AUGUGGAAACGUUCACCUAGAUCAGAGGACUACUCUGGGAACGACUCAACUCACCAUUCUCUCACUGAGCUGGGCUUCCUAGGUCGAUCCAAAAAGUCCAAAAAAUUCCAAUCGCAGCCAGAACACUCCUCUCGUUCACCUCUGCGCUCAUUCCGUUCGUUCAGCCGUAACGGGGAAGACCGACCAGGUAGUAGCCUUUCCAAUUUGACCGAAAUCACCCGGCCACGAGCACCCUCAACAGUCGCCGGCUCGAUUCAUUCUGCCUACCCCGAGUCCACCGUCCAGCCAACCCAUUCAAAUCGUUCACGAGCAUCCUUCCAUUCAAGAUCGGGACAAACCACAAGCGCCAUGGAGGUCGAUCGCGCCCGCACCCGGAGGGAGAGGACCUUUGUCGGUAGUGAAUGCGCCGUCUGCGAGGAACCCUUGGAACACACCCUGCGCGGCGAGCGUGUUUUACAACUCUCGUGCUCCCACGUCUCCCACGAGGCCUGCUUCUAUGAAUAUAUUCGGGAUUAUGAAUCACAAUACUGUCCAACGUGCAAUUCACCGUUGGCGUUGGACACGAGUCGCGGCGGGAAUGUAUUGGAUCUCGAGAAAAUCGGCAACAUUGUUCGCUCUGUGACGACGACUGACACAGCUACAGUGCGCAGUGGUUUGACAACGCCGACUCCAUGGGAACAACCCUCAAGUCGACGACCGCCGAGCGAUGCCGGAAGUCGGUACACCUCGGCCACCCGGGAGCCACCCUACGUCCAUUCCGGGAGAGAACCGUCUUACAACCCUUCAGCCAGGGAACCGUCGUAUAACCCCUCCGCAAGAGAUUCAUCCUACCACCGUCGGGACAGUCGCGAUACGAGCAGCCAGCGCGAGCGUGUGGAGCGAUUGGCCGGCUCUCAAACUCGUCAACCCCACUCCCGCAACGGCAGCGCGGCCGGCUCGUCGGGUGACUACAAUGACGGCCAGCACACCAGCAGUGGACGUCGCCAUGAUUACGAUGUACAGGCUAUGGAGUCGGAUGUCUCGCCCCGUCCGGGAGUGGCCAAGAACCCGAUCCCUGCGCCGCUGGUGACUGUCCGAAGCGAGUUCCCGACAAUGAAUCGUUCCCGCCAGCAACAGACCCUCACGUGUCUGAUCACUGUCGAAGUGCCAGAUGCCAAUUGGCGCCCUGACGUAGAUGAUUUACGGCACACGCCUUCUGGACAGUCGCAGCCGGAUGAGCCAUAUACCGGACGAUUCGGCGGCCAAGAUGCUCGGUCCAUUCAGUAUGAACCAGCGGAGAAUAUGGAAGAAGUUGCCGAGGAACUGCGGAAUCGGGUGGACAACUGGCACGGCCUUGAGUAUCAACGAUUCGGCAAGUUGCGCCUGCAUGGACAAAUGCGCGUGGGCAAGGAUCGGCAUUCUUGGCAGGAGCUGGAAUGCUACCUAUUCGCGGAGAUGCUUAUCUGCGUCAAGGAAAAGAAGUCCAGUGAUUCGAACGCUUAUGAUGCGAAUGGGCGACCUAAGCCCGUUCGGUUCAGUCUCAAGGGCUCGAUCUUGAUUAAGAAACAUCUCAAGUCACUCGAUGUGUCGCCGGAUGAACCCGUUCUUGCCUUGAACCUUUCUGUCAGCGAGCUGCCUUGCUUCUAUCUUCGCUUCCAGGACCGUGGUCAGCUUGAGACUUGGCGUCGGUCGCUACUUGACUUGCACCCGGAGGCCAUGCGCCAGAAUGACUAUGACUAUGACAACUUGGAGGAGGAUGACUACCGUGGCAGCCGUGGAGUCCACCGACAGGCUUCUGUCUCUUCUUACGGCGCAGGCAAGUCCAUCAACACCGCCAUCACCGACUACACCAACCCCGAUUCAGACUCUCCUUCGAUCAACACAAUUCACAUUCCCCUUGACCUCGUCGUGGUCAUCCCAGUUUCGUCAUCCAUGCAGGGCUUGAAGAUCACCCUCCUGCGUGAUGCUCUCAAGUUCCUUGUUCAGAAUCUGGGCCCUCGGGAUCGGAUGGGGCUGGUCACCUUUGGCUCGAGUGGUGGCGGUGUGCCUCUGGUCGGUAUGACCACGAAGUCCUGGGCUGGAUGGUCCAAGAUUCUCGGAUCAAUCCGGCCGGUGGGCCAGAAGAGUCUCCGGGCGGACGUGGUCGAGGGUGCUAACGUUGCCAUGGACCUCCUGAUGCAACGCAAAUUCAACAACCCCGUCUCGACGAUCCUUCUGAUCAGCGACUCAUCCAUUUCUGACCCUGAAAGUGUCGAUUUUGUGGUUUCCCGCGCGGAAGCUGCUAAAGUCAGCAUCCACUCGUUCGGUCUGGGGCUUACCCACAAGCCGGAUACUAUGAUCGAGCUGUCGACCCGCACCAAGGGUUCUUACUCAUACGUGAAGGACUGGAUGAUGCUGCGGGAAUGUGUCGCCGGAUGUCUCGGUGCAUUGCAGACAACCUCCCACCAGAACGUCAAGUUGAAGCUCCGCCUACCUGAAGGAUCGCCGGCGAAAUUCGUCAAGAUCAGUGGCGCCCUUCAUACCACCAAACGUGCAACUGGCAAAGACGCAGAAGCCGCACUGGGCGAUCUUCGUUUCGGCGACAAGCGCGACGUCUUGGUUCAGCUCGUCAUCCAGCCCGACAACGCCACACAGGAUAACAUGCCCCAGGACCCGUGGGAGAGCCUGGUCUCCGGGUUGGAGGCUCUCGGCGGCUCGGAUGCCGACGAGGGACGAGUGCUGAGCGUCGAAGAGGUCCCACUGAUCCAGGCGGAUCUCACUUACGGCGACUUGCUCCGAGAUGGCCACCUCACCCACUCGCCUCGCCCUUCGCUUUUGGCUAUUACCAUGCUGCCCGCCAACCCUCGGGCUAAGAAUGGACGCCCCGCAACUCCUCCCAUUCCUCCCCAUCCGUCCAUUGUGCAGCGCCGCAUGGAGCUGCUCACUUCCGAUAUGCUGACUCGGGCCCUUACCCUGGUAUCUCGGGGCCAGCAGGAUCGCGCCAUGCAUCUCCUCAAUGAAACCCGUAGCAUUCUCAAGGGCCUAGGCAAGGGCGGCUUGCCGCCUCUGCCCCCAGGUGCCCCCCGGUCUGACAGCGAUGAUAGCCGCGGCGACACGCCAGUCUCUGCGUCCUCUCCCAGUCAGCCUUCGUUUGCUGGCACCCAGUCCUCCGGAUCUGACACCAACACCAUCACGCCACCCUCGUCAGUCGAUGCGCAGACCAUGUUUGCUCUCAACGCAGACCUCGAAUCGGCGCUGGAGUGGAUCAACCAUCCGGCUGUGUUCAGUCGUGAUUCUCGCAAGGCAGUGCUUCAGAGCAUCGGCGUUAUCUCUUCCCAGCGCGCUUACACCUUCCGCACGCCAUCCGAAGCCCACUGGGCUCAGCGUGUCUCUGGUGUACGUCGCUUGACAGAGCGAUCCCAAGACUGGCGUGAGACUGGUGACGAUGCUUUGACUGAGGAGUAG